GCUAAACUGAUUUUGGGAAGGCAGAGAGGGAGAGAGGAGUGCGGGUUCGUGCCGGAGCAGACCUGACCUUCGCUCAUCUUGGACUUUUAUCACUUUCCCCUCUCACUAAACUUCGCGGAGCUCCUCUGCGCCGCGGCGGCCGGCGCGGGCGCGUCUCCGCGGGAGGAUCGGCCGCUCUCUGCGCUUCAGGAAUGCACUCAGCGGCGGACGCGGCUCGUUGUUCGGACGCCCCCCCCCCUCCGUCCCUUUCCCUAACGCGGAGUUCCUAAAUGACCGGAGGACAUGAGCUCGUGAAGGAAAGCGGUCUCUUCGGUGCGCUCACCCCCCGCGCGUCCGCCGCGUCGCAGCCGGGCUGAGGCCGCAGGAGCCCGGGGCGAGCGCGUCCUGGCCGGCCAUGGAGAGCGGCGCCGGCGCACAGAGUAAUGGAGGCGGCUGGGUGCUGGUGGAGGCCCGGCUGCGGGGUGGAGCGCCGUGGGGCUUCACGCUGCAAGGGGGCCUGGAGCACGGGGAGCCGCUCAUCAUCUCCAAGGUGGAGGAGGGCGGAAAGGCCGAGUGCGUGGAGCAGCCGCUGCUGGUGGGGGACGAGAUCAUCGUCAUCAAUGAGGUGGAGCUGACCGGGUACCGGCAGGAAGCCAUUGCCUUGAUCAAAGGCUCCUACAAGACUUUGCAGCUCAUUGUCCGCAGGGAGUUCGAUCCAGGAUACGCUGAGGGACUGGACACGUCGCCGUUUUCCUUCCCAACUCUUCCAGCAUCUAGUUCUUCCUCCACCUCACCCCCGUCGCCGCGGCAACCACAUACGCCGUCACCGUCCACCCGCAGCAGGUCCAGUCCGGCGGGAGGCGUGCAGCUACGCAUCAAGAACAGACGCAGCGAGCCGGCAUCGCGUCCCCACUCAUGGCAUUCGACGAAGCUCAGUGAAGGUCAGCAGGAGUCAGACAAGGGCGAGAUGGACGCCGUGAGCAGCGCGUGGCACCACAGCUUUCACACCAGUGCCUUGACCACCGACAUGUCUGCCGUCAGCUACCUGAGGAAGAGUCCAGACCAGUACAGCUCCAGAGGCAGCAUGGAGAGUCUGGACCCUCCUCCCUCCGGAGCUCAGCACCAGCACCCACUGGGCCAUCAUGGCCACAGUGGGGCCCACCGGGCCUACUCCUCCUGCCAGCAGCUGUCCUCUGCCAGGUCCUCCAACAGCAUCGACCACCUCCACAGCAAACGAGACUCCGCCUACUCCUCCUUCUCCACCAGCUCCAGCAUCCCAGAGUACCUGGCCUCCACUCCAGUAGAGCGCUCUUACUCGCUGGAGACGGUCCCUCAGAGGGGAGCCGGAAGCGGCGAGCUGCUGCAGGAGGCUGACGUCCGUUACGUCCAGAGCGUCUACGACGCCCACGAAGGCUUCUCGCCGGAGCUCGGCUCCGCUGCACUGUUACACAACAGUGACUCCAAAGGAGGAGGAGGGAAGAGGCCGAGUCAGGACCCGCAAGGUCCAGGGGGCGGGGUCUGUUACCGCGGUAGCAGCAGCGGCAGCGUGCCGGCCUCCAACAGACAUAGCGUGGGCCCAAUAUGGGGCCCCGCGGCCAGCUGCAGCUCCUACGAGGCGGCUCCCGCUCCGCCGAGGCGGAGCGACAGUUACGCAGCCAUCAGGAACCACGAGAGGCCGAACUCCUGGUCCAGUCUGGAGCCGGCAAGAUCCCUACGGUCUCUGCAGAAAGGUUCCUGGCAUCACUCCAGCGGUCACUUGGCCUCAGGUGCAGGAAAAGGCUCUUACAGCACAGAUGCACAGCUCCACACAGUGAUAGAGAAGAGUCCGGAGAGCAGUCCCACCACUAAGCCUCGGCAGGGCGGAGGCGUCCCGCUUCCACCUUCACCCCCCCCACUGUCCCCUGCACCCCCCGCCUCCGGCUCCCAGUCCACCCGGCUCCUUUCUGAGCCCCACUAUGCACAGACGCCCAGCUCCAGCGAGCAGCCGGACCUGCAGAGAAGCAGAGGGAGGGAGGACGACGUGGCAGAGAGUCAGAGGGAAGGAAGGACCACACCCAAUGGAUACCACCACAACGCUCCGCCAGCACAGACGCAGGCCUCCUGUUCAGUAACUCUGGCGCCCACACUCAACAGGCCUCUGAAGGAAGAUUUGAACUUUGGACACAGCAAACCUCGCAUGAAAACAGGUGCGGGCUGCCCAGACGCUCCCGCGGGGCCCAGUAGGCAUCACCAGGAAGCUCAGAGCCUCCACAGCCCCAGUGUCCACACAAGCCAUCAACACAAUCACGACCUUCGUUUUCCUCACAUCCAGUCAACUACUGAACCCAGGUCCCGCUCCUCACCAGAGCUGCAGGAUGCCUUCACACUCCAGUCCAGGCCAAUAGAACGAACCAGCAUUCACUCAGACCAAGCAGUGUUUACCAGGGUCACCCAGGAGCAGCCAGACCACCAGCAGACCCAGCAGCAGACCCAGCAGCAGACCUACCAGCAGACCUACCAACAGACCUACCAGCAGACCCACCAACCGACCCCCCAACCAACCCACCAGCAGACCCACCAGCAGACCCACCACCAGACCCACCACCAGACCUACCAGCAGAACCACCAGCAGACCCACCAGCAGACCCAGCAGCAGACCUACCAGCAGACCUACCAGCGGACCCACCAACCGACCCCCCAACCAACCCACCAGCAGACCCAGCAGCAGACCUACCAGCAGACCCACCAGCAGACCCAGCAGCAGACCCAGCAGCAGACGUACCAGCAGAACCACCAGCAGACCCACCAGCAGACCCAGCAGCAGACCUACCAGCAGAACCACCAGCAGACCUACCAGCGGACCCACCAACCGACCCCCCAACCAACCCACCAGCAGACCCACCAGCAGACCUACCAGCAGACCCACCAGCAGACCCACCAGCAGACCCAGCAGCAGACCUACCAGCAGACCUACCAGCAGACCCAGCAGCAGACCUACCCUCAACCUCAGGCCACACCUUCCUUUGCUUCCCAGAGUUCCCCCCGUCACCUUAGCGACUCUGCAGCCCUCCAGUAUCAGGCCUGGGAGCACAGAGAGCAUCCGCUGACCCGCCUGGAGAACGCCCUCGCUGAAGUGCAGCGGUGCACAGGCCCAGAUGACGCUGUCUUCUCUCCCAGUAGCUUCGGCGAUGACGGCCACGGGCCGGCCCGCAGCCUCUCUGUCCUGGAGAAGGUCAGCCGCUUCGAGCGCCGGGAGCGAGCUGGAAAGCAGCGCAGUCACAGCACAAGCCAUGUUCACAACAAAGCUGCCCGUCUGCCAAUGAGUGAGAAGAGCUGCAGCGCCUCCUGCGGGGCAGACGACCUGAGGAACAUGCUGGAGAGAAGCACGAAUGGGGCCAAAGCCCAGAGAACCAUGAGUUAUAGAGGAGUGAGCAGUGAGCUCAUGAAGCACAGGGCCCUAGCAGAUCCCAGUUCUGCCCUUCAGAGGAGCCGCAGCAGCUUUCAGCUGGACGGGCUCAAGGAGGGUGAGAGCAGCAGAGAGUCUGGGUGGAAGCAGGACGUGCAGGAGAUGCUGGGCUCCGUGGAGGACGCCCCCUACAGCAGAUCCUACAGGGACUCUUUGAUAGACGCGCAGCCCAAGGUCCUGCGAUCCACCUCCCUCAGGCAGAAAGAGCUCAGCUCGUCCAUCAGCCCUCCGCCUCCAUCGCGUUCUCCUCCAGCGUCCCAUUCCAGCGGCCAGCAGCCUUCAUUCGUCCCAAUGAAACUGCACUCCCUGGAAAAAAAAGGUCCCAAAACCAAACCCAAACCUCAGGGCGUGGUCAUCACACCCCAGUCACAGCCGCUCACGUCCCCCCACACGCCCAAGGAGCGCCACAUGGUCAGUCCAGACCUCCGGGGGCCCAGCCCACCAGCUCUGCCCAGUAUCCCAGCGAUCGGACCCGCCGUGGCCCGGAUCUGCGGCCGCAGGCGUCUGACAGCAGACCAGAAGAAGCGGUCCUACUCAGAACCGGAGAACAUAAACGAGGUGGGGAUUUCAGAUACAGAGACGGCUUCUCUCUUCAGACGUGGAGGAGAAACCAGCGUGGCAGACCGGCGGAGGAUGUUCGAGCUUGCAGCAGCGAGUCCGGCGGGCGCCAGAGCUCCUCAGAGCACAUCGAGGCCCGAUCUGCGACAGGUUCAGCACAACGCUCUCAGCGAGUACGUGGAGCGGAAGAGGGGCCUGAGGAGAGGAGACGGGGGACACAGGGGCGUGUCCAGGCCUCACAGCGCCUAUUACCAGCCUGACGACAGCCGCCACGCAGCGUCUCCUUCCUGUUUCUCAGACACCUACAGCCUCUCGUCUGCCUCCAGUUUGCUCUCCCUGCAGGACUCCAGUGCAGAACCAAGCUUGUCCUCUGGGGAGAGGCGUCUCUGCUCCACCCUCCCUCCGGGUUCUGACUUCCGGAGCCUGCAGUCCAACCUCUUCUACCCGGGCAGAGUGACUACUCCCAGGCCUCCAGCGCUGCCGCCAUCAAGUUCUGCCUCUGUAAACCUGCCAACGCACCCAGACCUCGGCCACCAGCAGCGACCCGCACAGCUCAGCGGGGCACUGCAGAGGGCGGCCCAGGGCUCCAAGAGGUCGGCGUCGGCCGAGGACCUCCUGGAGCGAAUGGAGGAGAAGCAGAGGUGGCAUCAGCAUCAGCGCUCCUGCUCCUCCCCCGCCGCAGAGAUGCUGAACCAGGACUUUCCUCCAGUGGAUGUCAGGACGUGUGGCUCAUCCAGCGCUGACCCGGUCUCUCUCGCUGAGGACAGAGCUGCAGACGUCCAUGCUUCUCUGGGGACCGUCUCUCCAUCUCAGCUCAGCCUGACCCCAGUGCAGCCUCCCGGACCUUCUCCAGGCCCCUCCUUCGCGCCGGCCGCCCGCCGGGAGCGGCAGAGGAGCUGCGACUGCCAGCGGGCCCGCGGCGCCUCCGCGCUGGCGGCGUCCGUGGGCCUCCCCUGCCCCUGCUCCCCGGCCGCGCCUCAGGACGCCGGCGGUGGCGAGUGGCCGGCGAGGGACAGGCUGAGCCUGGAUGCCAUCGCCUUCGCGGACAUCCUGCAGAGCGGCGCCUGUGGUGAGACGCUGGGGGCGGACAGGCAGACGGGACGCAGCGGCGCAGCGGGAGACGGGGGGAGUUCAGCCGUCGGGACAGACCAUACGGGCGCCGCUCCCCGCCCCCCCUCACCCCCCGACUCGCCCGUUCGCCACCUCUCCUCCCUGCGGAUUUCGGAGUCCAGCCUCUUGAGCCCCUUCGAGCGGCAGAAAUCACCCGACAGCUUCCCGGGUCUUUCUCAAGACGACUUUGACGACGUCUUCCUCCAGAGCCCAGCCCCACCCUCACCUCCAGCACAAGAGCCCAGCAUCACAGAGAACCUGCCCACCCCUCCCCCUCCGUCUCCUCCUCCUGCCCUCGAACUAGAGCUGGGAACUGGAAACCAGACUGUGCAAAGUCCUAGUUCAGAGCCCAGCCUUCUCCCCCCUCCCUCCUCACUGCCACUACCUGUGCUCAGCCUCUCCCCUCCCCCUGAUCCACCACUCAUCACUCCUGCCCCACCUGCGGCGGCCGAGGUCGGCCUGUGUCUGGAGUACCAGCCCCUGCCCAGGCGGAAGAGGACGCCCGAGGAGCUGCGAGUGGAGCUGCUGUCCCGGCAGCUGGUGCAGCAGGACUCCUCUCUGGGGCCCCUCCUGGCGACGUGGGGGAGCAGGACCACCGUCGAGCUGAUGGAGGAGAUCUUCACAAAUAAUAAAGCACAACUGCAGCAGAGGAGAAACAGCCAAUCAGACGACAGGGGGAUGAUUGAUGGAGCGACAGAGGCCAGAGUGGACGAGGAGCAGAAGGAUCUCAACACCAAGAAGGUGGAGCUGUGUGAGGCCUUGACCAGCAGCGUGGCAGCUCUGCAGCAGGAGAGGGAGGCGCUGUGUGAGGAGCAGAGGCAGCACCAGGCUCUGGGCGCCAGCGUGGAGGCGCUGGUGCAGGAGCGUCUGACGGCCAACGAGAGGGACAAGUACAGCGUGUUCAUCGGAGACCUGGAGAGAAUCGUGAACCUGCUGCUGUCGCUGUGCGGCCGACUGUCGAGGGUGGACAGGUCUCUGCUGGCGCUGGACACGACGGAGCUGACACAGGAGGACGCGGCGGAGGAGAGGGACUGCCUCCAUCGCAAGCGCUCUCUGCUCCUCCGCCAGACCGAGGACGCGCGCGAGCUGAAGGAGAACCUGGAGCGGCGGCAGCGGGUGGUGCACGGCGUCCUGAGCGCCCGCCUCGCGGGGCCGCAGCUGCGGGACUACGGCCGCUUCGUCGGCGCCCUGCCCUCGCUCCUGAUCCGCCGCCGCCGUCUGGACGAGCUCAUCCGGACGGGGCAGGAGCAGCUGGAGCGCCUGCAGGAAAGCCUCCAGGCGCCGGCGUCCCGCUCGGCCCCGCUCCCGCGGCUGCCGCCGCCCCCGCCGGCCCCGGGCCCCGUCCACGCAGUCAGAUCCACCGCGGUGACGUCGCUGUGACCGGAGGGUGAGGGACGCGCACCCUCAGCAUCAGCAGUCAGUUGUGUGUGGACGCUGUGAGUAGUAGAUGAGGUGACAGGACAGGUCCAGUGUUACAUGUAGUUUUACAGCUUUUAAUGUUCAACUUCUUCAUUUGUUCUGGAUGCGUUUGUUUGCUGAAACUGCUAAGUGUUCUUCUCCUUUAAGAAAAGAACAGUACAAUUGUCCCUCACUCUGCUGAACCUCCGUACGUUCAUGUUACCAGGAGCCUCGCUUUCCUGUUCCAGCUCCAGUGAUACUGAAAUUGUCCUUAAACAACCAGAGCAACCAGUUUUCACCACAUUCCUCACGGGCUCCGUUUCGUGUGUGUCAGCUCCCAAAGACAGAAACUGUUGUCUUUUGCAACGUAUCAGGCUCAAAAACAACAAACACCAAAUAUGAAGGCGCAGGGCUUUGACUUCAUGAAGCAAAAACGUGUGUUUUGACACUGUUUUCUGAUCACUGUCACAGCAGUUUGUUUCAGUUAUGCUGAAUGAUAAACAAAAUGUCCCAUCAUAAAGGUUUCUGGUGAGAAAACAUUUGAGAUAAAAGAAUUUGUUCAUUUUCCAAAGAUUUAUAGUUUACAGUUGAAUCUUUAAUUCCAAGAAUGUUUUUUGUGCCUUUACAGUGGUUGAAAUAACAUCCACACAAAUUAAACUCCAAAACAUUUUAAUUAAUAAUGGAAAGGAAGAUGAAGAACACAAUUUUCAAUAUAUUUAAAAAUAAGUGAAUUAGGCCGGGUCGGGCCUGACUGAUCCAACUGCCACCUGUCAAUCAGCAGAGUGAUGCUGUGACACCAUUAAAAAUAUCAGAGCUGCCUUUUCAGGUGUCAGACACAUGUUUGAAUGUUUGAAUGUGGAAGCAUAAAAUCCACUCAAAGGGCUUCUACAGUACGUCAUUAUUGUUCCAAGGGUUUUUACAUUCUUAGAUUAAAAAUACAUCAUUGGUGGCACCUUUCUGUCUGAUCUUCACCAGAACCAGUUUACACAGGCCGGUAUGAUGAACUGCUUUGACAUAGAGUGUCUGAUAUCAAACAAAGCAUAAUUACAUCCAUGUGACAGUAAAGUUCAAUCAAGAACUUUAUCAAGCUCCAAAGUGUCUGUCUUGUGAAUAAAUAAGUAUUAAAAUUACAAUUUUUUUUAGGAAAACUAAAGUAAAAAAUAAAGUAUCAGACAACACAAAAUAAAAAAGAAAAGGUUAAGGACUCCACAGUCCAAAUAUGACUACAGUAAUAGACUACACCACAUUAUGUGAUACAUUUGGUUUUGUGUAAACGUACAAACCCUGUUUUCUGGGAUUCUUUUCUUGGCUUUGGACGAACUUGACCAGCGAAAGAUGAGGUUCAGACAGAUGUUGAACUUUUCAGUAGGAGGUGCUAUUUUGCUUCCUUUCAGUGUAUUUUUAUGGCACAAAGUGUCUGAAUAUUUAUUGUUUGAUUAACACUGCAGCACUGUGGGAUCAGAACACAGAGGUUUUCAAACAGCUGUUCACCGUUUUAUAGCUCUUUUCAGUCACCUUUGAAAUGCUCUAAUUUGUCAUAUUCUCAUUCACAUUACUUCACCUACAUUGUCCUGUUGUUCAUAACCCAGACUUUUGUGUUGAUUAUAGUUUGCUUUGUUGCUUCAGAAUAUUUCAGAUGUUGUUUGUUUAUUGUUUAUUAAUGAAGAGCAAUUGGAAAAGUUCCGGGCUCUUGCAAAAUAAAAAAUAUAUUUUAAAAAAUG